AUGGAUACUUCCUUGGUACCUACUUCCAAGAACGGCCUUAUUAUACGAGGGAUUGGUAACAAAAAUGUUCCAGAAGAUCCUCCAUUCCCACUUCAGAAGACGGACUCAUUACUACUGGAUUUUGAAGCUAAAGACACUACAGACUCUUUACUUGGGAACAAGUCAUGGCCGCGGCUAACGACCGGAUGGACAUUGUGGAUAGCCCGCUUGCGACUUUAUUUUGAAAAAGAUUGGGAAAGGCUUGGGUUACUUCAAUUGAUAAGAAUGAGUGAACAAUCUUUUGACUUCCAUGCUGGUAUGUGUAGGUCGUUUCUUCGAUACUGGAGUCCUUCUGCCAAUUCUUUCCUUUUCCCUUGUGGUCCCAUGUCUGUUACUCUGAAGGAUGUAUUUAUGCUUACUGGACUUCCAGUUAUUGGUUUCGAUGCUCCCUGUUUAUUUGAGGUAGACCAAAAACAACUGUUCUCUUGUCCAGACUAUCACAGCUACAAGGCAUGCAUUGAGAAGUGGUGCAGAGGAAUGGAGACCCCUUCUUUGGAGGAACAUACAGAAUUUCUAUGGGUUCUCAUCUGUAAGUUUAUUCUGUGUACCCCUUCUGGUGCUCCCACCAAGGAAUCUCUGAGGUUGGCGAGUAAGUUGGCCACUGGGACUUUUGUGGCUCUAGGGUUUGUAUUUCUGGGUGCUUUUUAUCAGGCUCUCCAACAGUGUGUUACCAACAAGCCCUUAGCCAGGUUGGGAGGUCAUAUGUGGUUGCUACAACUGUGGAUCUUCUCUUACUUCCCUGAGGUUAGGGGCAAAGUACCAGGUCCUCUUCGUAUUUCCAUUAUGGAUCUUCUGGAGGCUAAGUGUUGUUUAGAGGAAGGUGCAGUUUUUGACUUUUUGGGAGCUUUAACCACUAGAGAGGCGUCUGCUUUCUCUGUUUUUGAUCUCCCUUUUCAUAUGCCUCUCUGGAUGGCUAUCUUUUCUGGUUACCCCAGUGCCCUUCUCUUGGUUAAGAGAAAGCUUCUUUGUGCUUUCACCACUUCUAGAGUAUUGUUUGUGGGUGGAUCCCAGGCUUUUUCCACUCGUUCUUCUAGCCAGCAUCUUGUGUGGAAAGUAUAUAUGAGCAGUCUCUGGAGUAGACAAUUUGGGAUUGGUCCUGGCCAGAUUCAUCCUUUCUUGGCUCUUUAUGCUACUCUGACUGAGUGGACUAGCAGUGUUGUGGAGAAACUCUCGAAUUUGCAUGUUCACUAUCGCUGUCCUUUAGUGGAGAAUUUGUCCACUUCUCAUGACUUCGCUUCUUGGUGGACAGAGCGGUUCCAAUUGAUCCAGUCCAUGCGUGCAGCCGCCAAAACUCCUAAGAAGUCUACCUCCUCUGGCACUCCUAAGGAAAAGGCCAAAAGAAGGAGAAAUGAUUCAUCAGAUUCCGCCAAAUCCUCUAGAGAAUCUUCUGGUGAAUCUGUCAAAUUUUCUGGUGCAUCUUCUUCACAGACGAAACGGCUUAGGCGUUCUGGGAGAGUGGUGAAACCAGUUAGGAAAUCUGGUGGUCCUAUGCUUGACCCUGACACUGUGAUCUUAGACGAUGAAGACACACCACAUUCUCCAUCUUCUCAUGCUGCAUCUGAUAAUGAAGAAGAAGAUGUCAAUGGUGUUGACACAGGAGUUGAUGCUGAAGACAAUAGAGUUGUUGAAACAAUUGAAGAACAACAAAAUAUCAAUUCAUCAGCUCCGAUCUCCUCAGGUGCCGUUUCCACUUCUUCAGGUGCCACUACAUCUUCUAGUGAAUCUGAGGAAACCAUGUCACAAAUCAAGAAGCUCUCUUCGAUCUUGAAUGAAGACGAAGACUUAGUGGAUUUGAGCUUCUUGGACGAAAUGGUUGCCCCAGAGGUUAAUACUUCCUCGGUUCCUUCUCCAGCUGAUGUCCAUAAUGCCCUUUCUGUGGUCAAGCGAGUUAUGGGCCAACACAUUUCUGCCAUCACGGAUUCUCAGAAGGAAGAUCUGGUUUCCUCUUUCAGCAUCUUACGUCGUGUUCCAGAUUCCAUCAUCACUUCUGAGGUAGAGACUGAGAUUCUGGAGUCGCUGAAUAUGUGGAGGUCUAGUGUGGAGGUUGAAUGCAGUGACCUUCCAAAGUUAGAUUCCUCUAAGGCAAACAAUGCUUUGUAUUUGUCUUUGGGAUCCAAUAAGCGAGAAGUGGCCCAGCAGAUUCGGGAUAUUGAAGCUAAGGGUGAAGCCUUUGAAGAGGAAAUUCAAAAACUGGAGGAUGCCAUUGAAGUUUUGAAAACCAAGCAACUGGAUCUCUUAGAGGCAUGCAAGCCUCUGACUACUAAGUAUCAGGAGAUUGUUUCUCAGUUCCAACCUUUGCAUGUUAUCAUUCGAGAGAAAAGGCAUGAUAUGGCCGCCUGGGUCAAGAAUUGUGCCAAGGCUCGCCAGGACAAAAUAGAUUGCCUUUCCAAGUGGAGUAAGCUGCAGCAUUUUCUCUCCGAUUCACUCUCUGCCUCCCUAUCAACAGUUCCUUGAAGAUUUUUUUU